AUGGCAACACUCCAAGCACUCCCAGAAAACUAUGCAGCCGGCCUAAGACUGAUAGACGAGGCCCAUGCCACAGACCCCCGGACCACGGCCGGCCAGGGCGGCAGCGACCCCAUGGCGUAUGAGCUGCACUAUGCGCAAAAGAUGACCAAAUGGUUGGCGGCACGGUGUCCAGACGCAUCGCCGACACUACAGCUAGCCUGCCGAGCUCAGCACUUCAAGAGAUGGGAGAUACCCAGGAGCUCGUAUCCCAUGACUCGCCCGGGCUACCUCACUUGGCGGACCAAGCAAAAAGCGCAGGCCGCACAGCAGGUCGCCGAGCUGCUCCAGUCCCCCUCCAUCACGCCGGCGCUGGCUACGGAGGAUGUGGAGAGGGUGGCGGCGCUUAUUCGCAAGGAGAAUCUCAAGAAUGACGAGGAGACGCAGGUCUUGGAGGACACGGCGUGUCUGGUAUUUCUCGACGACCAGUUUGAUGACUUUGAAAAGAGGGACGAGAUUGACGAGGAGAAGAUGAUUGGGAUUCUGAGAAAGACUUGGGGCAAGAUGAGUCCCAAGGGCCAGGAACUCGCGCUGGGGAUGCAAUUGAGCGACAGGGCAAAGAGCUUGAUUGGAAAGGCAUUGGCAGGUUGA